AUGAUAUCUCCCAGGAGAAGUCAGAUGAUAUCUCCCAGGAGAAGUCAGAUUAUUGAAAGACGUCUUACUUUACGAGGGGAAAGUAUAUUGAUUGAACGAACGUUAUUAGAAAAAAGACUCUAUGAAGCAUUUGAUGUAUUUGAUAUUGCAAAAAGUGGGAAAGUGGAUGUUAGAGAUUUAGGAACUAUAAUCAGAGCAUUAGGAUGUGUCGUUACGGAAGCUGAAUUGCAAGAGAUACAAGUAGAAGUAGAAGAUGUCGAAAAUAAUUGUGUACCAAUAGAUAGAUUUGUAGAAUAUAUGAGUAAAGCGAUUAGCGAGGGCAAAUUCAAGCCAGCAGAACCAGAAGAGCUAUUAAAAGCGUUCCAAUUAUUAGAUCCCGAAAAUCGCGGAUAUAUCAUGAAAGAUGAUUUAGAAAAAUCAAUUAUAGAAAUUGGAGAACCAUUUACAAAGGAAGAAGUGGCUGAUAUGAUGGCCGCAGCUUGUGAUGCAGAAACAGGAAAAAUUAAUUACGAGCAUUAUAUCAACUUGCUAAUUGUGAAAAUUCCCGAAGAUAUUAAUGUAUAUAAUAUUUUUGAUAUAAUGGAAGCUGAAAGAUUGGCAGCAUUACCUAAAAAACGCUUAAUCGAAACAAUGUUAAAGGAAGAUACCUGAUAAAAA